UACCUGCAACAAGAGGGACUGUGUUCUACAAGCCAGGCUUUAAUUCGCGAAAGCCCCAAUUUGAAGGAGUACGCAGAACACAGCUCAGAUGAUGGAACUAUUCCUGCUUGUGUGUUUGUAAGUAUGUUGUCAGUUCAGACUUCAUAUAGCUGUGUUCAACUCUGUCAUUCUAAUGACAAUAUCUAGUUACAGUGAGUUAUUUAGUGGAUUACUUAGCUAGGUAGCUAAUUCAUGUGUACUCCCAUUGCAGUCCCUCUUUGGAAAAAACCUGACAACCAUUUUGAAUGAGUAUGUUGCUGUCAAAGCUAAAGGUAAGUGUAACCUCUGACCUCAACCACUUUCAUUAAAUGAGUACAGGACUUUCACGUGUUUGUAUUGUAUUCUUGGUUGUCACACUUCCCUGCUAUUUCUGCUUAGAGACCAGUGAAGAGACUCAGAUACCCAUCAUGAUGACAUCAUUGUGGAAAAAGCUUGAUUUCACACUCAAUCAAAUAAAGUAAGGACCUAUUUUUACCUUUAAAACGGCAAAGAAAAACUCACCAACAGAUUGCUGUGCACUUUCUGACAUCUUCAAUUCAACUUAUUUAUUUCCUUAGGUCUAUGCAGAACUCCCCAUCUGUUAGCCAGAAUCAAAGAUGUAAGUGCUUUAUAAAAUAUUCUUGCAAGUUAAAUGGUUAUGAUCUUAGUACUACUUCUGAACUUUGAUUUCAUUGCCUCUUUGUAAUGUUGUGUGGCUCAAGCCAUCAGGCAGAGUGCUGAACUCCAUGUGGCUGUAUGACAGGGGUCCCUAUUUACGUUCAGCCAUGGGCUGUUUUUUCUCCUUGAGCGAUGGGCUGACCUGGAACAUAGUAAUAAAUCAUUUGGAGUGGUUGUGGUUCUGGAUUUUCUGGAAUCAGACUUGCUGUUACAAAAAAAUACGGAGACUUCUGCUCAUGCAGGAUCCACUAGCCUACCUCCUUUCAGUUGCUGCUCAGUCACUCGUAACGCUGCCACUUGUUCACAAAACAGCAGUCAAUAGCGAUUUUAAUGUUAUUUUUUCAUCGUCAUUGGCUAAACAGGAGUCAGACUGCUGGCUAAAUGGCAGCAUAACUAUAAAGAUUACAUCACACAAAACACUAAUUGUUUUGUACACUGCAAAUUGACCGCAAGAAUCCCAAACAGAGUAUUUGAGAAAAACAGAAUAAUUUAAAACCUUCAUUACAUUGGUAUACAAUCACAUAUUCCUCUCUGUUUAUGCGUGGGAAUACACAUUUCUAGUUUCCAGGUGAUUUUACAAUCUUUUAUGUCCAAGUGAUUUAUAAUUUUUUUGCUCCGAAAACAUGGAGGGCCAAAUAAAUUCUCCCACGGGCAGCCUAUUGGGGAACGCUGCUGUAUGACGUGAUUCAUAAACCUAUUUCCUUUGCAGUACGCACACGUAAUGGAAUUGUGAACAUGAGGGGGCGACAGAGAGCCUUGUCAUCAACGCUGUCCCCCAGCUCUGGGUUUCUGUCAUCGUCAGCCCCGCCGUUGGCCCAGGGCAUCGCCACCCCCCUCGACACCCCUCAGAGCAUCCUGGGACACUCCACCCCAGUCUGCUACAGCUCCCAGCAGACCAGAUCCUCCCCCAUCUGCAGCACACAGCCCCAGAUCCAAGAUGGAGGACGUCUGCUCAUCAAUGUGAACCGUAAGUAAACACAAACACAUCCAUGAGCAGCAGUGUACUGGGGAAGGUUGUUACAGUAGGUGUCUAUCACAUCUCAUUUUAACCGGCAAUUGCCGUCAUCAUUUAUGAACAUUAAUACCAACUUAUAGGAAAGGUUGUCAAUAAAGCUUCAUUGAAUAAUGGACACUUGUUUUUUAUUACAGGAGAGUCACCUUUGCAAAUAACGGUUCCAGACAACCGGUUAACCCCAGGACCAUUAUCCCCAGGGCGUAGGAAAUGGUAAGAUAGUCAUUGUCAUCUCUUUGUUUACUUCUUUGUAAGUUCUUAGAAGUUCUUCUUACCCGUGUGUAGAUUGUAGGGAUUUAACGAUUGAUUCAACUAUACGCAUUGGCCCCCAAUGAAAAUGUUUAAAGAUACAAGUGCAUCGGACGGCGGACCCCAAACUGAACCAAAUUUAGAAUGCAUCGGUCAAAAAAACGAUUAAAACUUUAUGAAUCGGCGGUUCACUCAAAUGUUUUGCUCAUAUUACAUUCCUUUUCUACCUCUCAUCUUUGGUGACCACUGAUGCAUCCUCUCCUUCAGUGUCGAACUGCAUGUACAGUGAGGGGAAAAAAGUAUUUGAUCCCCUGCUGAUUUUGUACGUUUGCCCACUGACAAGGAAAUGAUCAGUCUAUAAUUUUAAUGGUAGGUUUAUUUGAACAGUGAGAGACAGAAUAACAACAACAAAAUCCAGAAAAACGCAUGUCAAAAAUGUUAUAAAUUGAUUUGCAUUUUAAUGAGGGAAAUAAGUAUUUGACCCCCUCUCAAUCAGAAAGAUUUCUGGCCCCCAGGUGUCUUUUUAUACAGGUAACGAGCUAAGAUUAGGAGCACACUCUUAAAGGGAGUGCUCCUAAUCUCAGCUUGUUACCUGUAUAAAAGACACCUGUCCACAGACGCAAUCAAUCAAUCAGAUUCCAAACUCUCCACCAUGGCCAAGACCAAAGAGCUCUCCAAGGAUGUCAGGGACAAGAUUGUAGACCUACACAAGGCUGGAAUGGGCUACAAGACCAUCGCCAAGCAGCUUGGUGAGAAGGUAACAACAGUUGGUGCGAUUAUUCGCAAAUGGAAGAAACACAAAAGAACUGUCAAUCUCCCUCGGCCUGGGGCUCCAUGCAAGAUCUCACCUUGUGGAGUUGCAAUGAUCAUGAGAACGGUGAGGAAUCAGCCCAGAACUACACGGGAGGAUCUUGUCAAUGAUCUCAAGGCAGCUGGGACCAUAGUCACCAAGAAAACAAUUGGUAACACACUACGCCAUGAAGGACUGAAAUCCUGCAACACCCGCAAGGUCCCCCUGCUCAAGAAAGCACAUAUACAGGGCCGUCUGAAGUUUGCCAAUGAACAUCUGAAUGAUUCAGAGGAGAACUGGGUGAAAGUGUUGUGGUCAGAUGAGACCAAAAUCGAGCUCUUUGGCAUCAACUCAACUCGCCGUGUUUGGAGGAGGAGAAAUGCUGCCUAUGACCCCAAGAACACCAUCCCCACGGUCAAACAUGAAGGUGGAAACAUUAUGCUUUGGGGGUGUUUUUCUGCUAAGGGGACAGGACAACUUCACCGCAUCAAAGGGACAAUGGACGGGGCCAUGUACCGUCAAAUCUUGGGUGAGAACCUCCUUCCCUCAGCCAGGGCAUUGAAAAUGGGUCGUGGAUGGGUAUUCCAGCAUGACAAUGACCCAAAACACACGGCCAAGGCAACAAAGGAGUGGCUCAAGAAGAAGCACAUUAAGGUCCUGGAGUGGCCUAGCCAGUCUCCAGACCUUAAUCCCAUAGAAAAUCUGUGGAGGGAGCUGAAGGUUCGAGUUGCCAAACGUCAGCCUCGAAACCUUAAUGACUUGGAGAAGAUCUGCAAAGAGGAGUGGAACAAAAUCCCUCCUGAGAUGUGUGCAAACCUGGUGGCCAACUACAAGAAACGUCUGACCUCUGUGAUUGCCAACAAGGGUUUUGCCACCAAGUACUAAGUCAUGUUUUGCAGAGGGGUCAAAUACUUAUUUCCCUCAUUAAAAUGCAAAUCAAUUUAUAACAUUUUUCACAUGCGUUUUUCUGGAUUUUUUUGUUGUUAUUCUGUCUCUCACUGUUCAAAUAAACCUACCAUUAAAAUUAUAGACUGAUCAUGUCUUUGUCAGUGGGCAAACGUACAAAGUCAGCAGGGGAUCAAAUACUUUUUUCCCUCACUGUAUGUAAAUUAUAUUUCUGUAUUUUUAAAAACAUGUUUUCACUUUGUCAUUAUGGGGUAUUAUGUGUAGAUUGGUGAGAGAGAGAGAGAAUAUAUUUAAUCUAUUUUGAAUUCAACUAACACAACAAUGUGGAAUAAGUCAAGGGGUAUGACUACUUUCUGAAGGCACUGUAACUGUGUUGACAGUCAUUGAUCUACAAGUUAUUUUGCAUGCUGAACAACCCCAGGCACUAUCAGUAGCCUAGUCAAACUGCGCACUGUGCCCAGCUUCGCGUGCUGACCAACGCGAGGUAGGCGGUAAUUUGCUAGGUUAUUGUUAUCUAUGCACUGUUAAAUGCUGUUUACCGGAAUAAAAGUAAGCUUCCAGAGACCCAAUCUGCUUACAAUAGAUGUUAUUUUGAGAUGGGAGUGAAAUCCAAAGUUGUGCUAUAUAGUCAUUGGCUAUGUCAUAGCUAAUUUGCUAGGUUCAAACCGAAUCGCACCGAAUCAUUUCAAACUAAAACGUAUCGUUCAUGUAACAUAUUGGAGCGCAUGUAUCUAGAUGCGUAUCGAAUUGUCUUGAAAGGGAAAGAUGCAUAUCCCUAGUAGAUUGAGUUAUGAUAAAAGAGUAAUCUUCCCAGUGACUCCCCCAGGAGGAGAGGUGGGGGAUCUGGUGGGACUGGAAGAGCCAACAUGGCAGCCAGUAGCCUGAGAGCAGAGCCCCAGAGUGAAGAGGCAGUCACAGAGAAUUUCCCUGUGAGUACAAAACAAAGUUAAUACUCUGUUUUAUAAAUAUGUUGCAUUUGAAAACACUGCUAACCCCUGUUGACUGAUGUGAAUUUAUCAUUGAAUUGUGUGUAUCUUUGCAGCAAAUGGUGAUACAAAAUGCAAGAGAGAGGAUUCUAAAUGACAAGUCCUUACAAGAGAAGCUUGCUGAAAACAUAAACAAAAUCCUAGCAAGGUAAUAAUAAAAGUAGAUCUUGUGUAAAAUUUGAACAGUACUGACUUCAUUACUUAUUACAAUUUGGCUGUUGGGUAGAGUAGAUAUUAUUUCUUACCUGUGCAUGUGUUUCUUACUCUCAACUUGUAGUGAUGUCAGUCCCCAGGCAUCAUGCAGCACCAUGGAGCCUGACCAGUCCAUAGAUGAAAUUCUGGGCCUGCAGGUAAUGUCAUGUUCUGACAGACUUGCUAUACCUCAUUUCUCCACUCGAACUCAGGGAACAUUGUCAGUCUUUAGUGCAUAGAGUGUGGAUUUGUGCUUUCUACUGAUGUUUUACUCUGUGCAGGGGGAGAUUCAUAUGUCUAAUGAUGUUAUACAAGACAUCUUGGAGCAGACAGAGUCCGACCCAGCCUUCCAGGCUCUCUUUGACCUCUUUGAUUACGGUAAACAUUUUCAACUUUGCUGAUGAUUUAAUCUAGAUCAUGUGCAGGAUUUUGUUGCUCCUGACAAUACAUGAAGUCGCUCUGGAUAAGAGCGUCUGCUAAAUGACGUAAAUGUAAUGUAAAUGCGUGAAGUGGGCUUGGUGAUUGUUUGACUAAGAUUUUAUAAAAUCACAUUAUUCCUCUAAAUCUCUUGAUUAUUUGCAUUAAGGCAAAAGCAAAACCAGUGAGGAUACUGAACAAGGAGCUGGGAUCAUGAGCAAUACCACAACAGAGAAUGGUGAGACUGAGACUAGAUGUAUUGACGUCUCUCCUGAGACUGGAGACCCAGGUAUGGACAAAGUCCUCAUAACCUUUUAAAUAAUGCCUGUUAGAAUCAUAUACUAAACAAUAUUGAUGCUUCAUCAGAAAUAUCUUUCUGACAAUGGGAUUUCUCUUUAAUUUCUCAGGCACUGGGCCUGAAAAUUCAACACUUGGACAAGAAACAACAACUAGAGCAACAAAGUCCAGUCAAGAGCCCAAUAGUAAGAAAACAAGGAAAUCUGCACCUCCUGUUUCAAGCACUUCAAAGGCAACUCCUGGACCCAGUACCAGAGGGUUGAGAAAGGGAGCUAGUGCAACUCGACCCUCAGCACGUAUUGAUAAACUUACUGGCGCUUCUUCUUCUGCCGCAAAGGACUCUGAUAUGGUUGACUCCGGCUCCAUCUUUGAUCAGGAUGUAUCAGGUGUGGAUAUAGAUGAACCUCCUCCUCUUGACAAUAUAGCUCCCCCAGAUGUCUUUGAGCCAGUCAGACAGGAGAGUGGAACAAAUCGUCCGGCAUCAGCAUGCAACACAGCUUCAUCUGAAACCAGGACGGUCUCUGCUGUGAAAAAAAAUGUAUUAGGCAGUGAGAACACAGUGGGGGCUGAUGGUGGACAAGUGAUGGAUAACCAAGCUUCACUUCUUAACUCUUCACCUGCCCUGUCCAAUUCCAUGCCAGUGCUUGAUCAGUCAAACAAUGCUCCCAUACAGGCCUCUAACCUGCCUCAUAUGAAUUUGACCCCUCCCAGCACUGUAGGAAUUUCACAACCUCUACCACAGACCAUACACUCUAUGGCUGUCCCCUCAACAGUUACAACAACAACAACCUUCAUCCCAAACCCCAAUCCUACAGGCAAGGAAGUGGACUCCAGUAAGAUUGUGGCCCUGAAGAUCAUAAUCAGCGAUGAGCAUGAGGAGCCCUCCAGUGACUCAGCCCUGAACCAGGCUGUGUCCAGCAUCACUGGGGAUAGGAUCCCCACCAUCUUCCUCUCCUCCCCCGCCAAGUCACCUGCCAAGGCCCCAGCCCUCAGUGGCGCACCCAUGGCUCAGGAGGAGACGGUGCAGGCGGUUAGCAGCUUACAGAGGACAGAAGUCCUCCAGCCAGCAGAGACCAAUCCUCUUAGUGGGAAAGCAGGGGAUGUGGCAGCAUUGGCAGGGACGUCAUCUGCGUUGACACAGCCUGGCUACUACAUUCAGCUGCCCUUUGAUUCAGCCACAUCCACCAACAGCUACAUCUUAGUGACAGACACAACAGCCACAGACCCCCAGUCCAACAUGGUGAUGUUACCCAGUGGCGCCCAACAGGUACAGACUGUACCCCCCACCUCAUAUGCUCUGGCCACUCCACCCCGCUAUUCCCCUGGUAAGACGGCGUUUAAAUACUUAGAUGCACUAUGCAAAAAUCGCUAAAAUUCUAAUAGUUCACAUAAUUUCAGUUUAUAUGACAAAACAAGCAAGUAUAGUGUAGAGAAUCAUUGUACCAUCUAAACCACUGUGAAAAUAUAUUUUCCUUAACCAAAAAUAUUGUAUUUUCAUCUUUUUGAAGCUGGUGUACAAAACCGAAAAUAACUGACGCAAAAAUUAAACUUAAGAACGGGAAGCAUAGAAAUAGUGCACAUAAAACUUUCAAUAAGUGACAGAUCUAUAACACACAUUUCUAUGUGAAUUUGGUCAGGUCGCUCAAAAAGUUACAUAUUGCAGCUUUAAUAUUUUGUACUUGAAUCAUAAAGCUAUAGGUCAUUUCCAUGUAAAUGAACCAAUAAGCACCAACCAUAUUAAGUUAAUAGGAAAAUGUCAAAUGAAAGCUAAGAGUCAAAUGUUUUAUUAAGACAUAUAUACAUUUUCUGACCAUUUACCAUUCAAGCUAUUUGGAAUAAGCAAAGGCUUUGAUUUCUGGUCAAACAGAUAGAAAAGGAGUCUUAGAAAACAUCAACCAGAAUAAGUCUUAAAAGGUAUUAGAAAUACAUCAAAACACAAUGUUAAAGAAAUUACCCCUGCCAACUUAUAUCAACACUUUUAUAUGUAGUUUUGGAGAAAUUGUUCUGCCUCCUGUAAGUUUAAGAAACAUUGCCUUGUGCCUUGAAAUUCCGUUACCAAAAACCAUCAUCUUUAAGAUAUUUUCUAAUUUCUCUCCCUCAUGAGGAGGAAGGUUAAUGAAAGUUCACAGAAGUAACAAGUAAAGGUAAACCUAUGAAUUAGUUAUAGUGCUUUUACUGAUAAUAAUUUUGUUUAUUAAUUAUUAAGUGAUCAAAACAUCAAUUUCUGUAAAAUCAGUAACGGAAUUUCUGCUAUUGAAUUGGCUACAAUGGAAAAUCAUAGCAGUCACAAACCACAGUUUGCUUCACAAGUUUGAACAGCAUAGUACAGUAGAGAAUAGUAUAUAGUUCAGUACUGUACAGUAGAGUUCAGUACAAUUAGGAAGAGUAGAGUUCAGUACAGUGCACAGUAUAGCACACUAGAGUUGAGUACACUAUUAUGUACUGUACUGAACUCUACUGUGCUGUACUGUACUCUACUGAGCUCUACUGUGCAGUACUUUGAUGUCCAAACUUGUGAAACAUAGACGUCUAUGAUUGGUUCAAAUUUGGUCUUGUUUGGGGGCAGAGCUUCCAAUUAUAGCCAGUGUGUAGAAUAAUACCCAAAUAUGCAAAGGAUAAUGGCCAAAUAUGCAAAGUGUACCUAUUUAGGAUACAUCACCACGAAGACAAUGAUAUUCAUAUCCAUAAUUAUGCAUUUCUGUGUAGUACAGAUCAGGGAUCCAUUAUGACAUUCUGUUGCCGUGUAUAAAUUCACUUCACUUACUGUAGUUCAAUAACCCAAAUAUAUUUUUUUAAAGUCAAUGUGUUAUGACAUAACUGACACUUCAUUCUUUAUGCAGACAUUGUUGAAUCUUAAUUCAGAGCAUAUAUUUAAAUGUUUUGGGAAAACGAGGACACAUAAAAAACUGAGGGAGAUUUUACCAAAAUUCUGUUACCAAACUUUGCAUCUGCACGGUUCUUCCAGUACAUUUAUUUUAUUCCAAUUGUCUGUGUAAAUUGUUAAAAGUAGUCCUUGUGGAUAAACCUGUAUGGUAUGUUAAACUUUGAAAUCAAUGUUUUUUGUUUGGCAUACAUUUACAGUGGAAUUACCCAAUAGUCAUCACUCACUUAAUUUGCCAUACUGUUUUGCUGAGGGGAAAUGUCUAAUCAGUUAUAUCCUUCCAGGAUCUAGACUCGUCAUAUCUUCACCAGUUCAGCCCAUGCUGCAAAGCAUGGUGGUUCCUGUAUCUGUUGUUGGGCAGAACAAUGCAGGACAGUUUUCAAUAGUUCCCAAUCAGGUAAUAUGUUUUACAUAUUUGCAUUUAAUCCCUUUUUUUGAACCGAUAGGCUAAUUUAGCUACAAUAACAUGUGCAUCUAGUGAUAAUUUGUUUGUUUCAGUUGAUAGCCAUGCCUAGCCCUGCUUCAGCAAAGCAGCCAGCAGCAGUGAAAACCAAGGCUAAACUGGCUCCCAAGGACACCACAGUCUCAGGUAAGGAUUAGUAUUCAGUCCUCCAUAAUGUCAUUGUCUGUUUACGGUUAUCCUGUUAUUUUGUUCACAAAUGUUGUUGCUUGCUUGUGCAUUUCAGGAAAAACGGAAGCUUCUGGAUCGAAUAUGGUUACAAAGCAGGUCCACCAACAAUCCUUUGAAAGCACAGGGCAGCAGAAGGUAGCAGUUGGCUCGAGCCCCAGCCAUAGGAGGAUGCUUUGCUUUGAUGGGUCUGCUGGUGAAACUUCCACUCAGACCAGAAAAACUGCCUCCUCCUCCUCCAAAGCUCCAGCAACAGCUACUCCUGUAUCACCUUCUGUCCAACAGGUGGAGAAAGAGAUACCUAAAUCGGCCUUUGCUAUCUUGGGGAGCAGCAGGCCAAAAAGGAGAAUAGAGACUGUAAGAUGUACGGACAACACUCAAACAUCAUGGACCGGAACAGAGACCGAGAAAUCCUCCACUGUCCAAAAGCAGAAAGAAGCUGCGAAAAAGACCCCUUCAAAGAGGGACGCAGAUCAAAAUGCUAGAGGUCAAAGUGCAAGUACCAGUAGAUCUCAGAGUGCUGGUAACAGUAGGACUGAUGCCUCACAGUCAGAGUCCAGGAAGAGAUCUCAAUCAGCAGACAAGAAGGACGAUGGUGGAACAGGACCUAAGGAUGCCCAGAGCUUCAGGUCCUCUUCCUCUGAUCACAGACUGAGAUCAGGGAGCAGGAAAGAGAAAGAGAAGGAGGACGCAUGUAGACAAGAGCCUACUGAGAAAUCUCCUGCCAAGGAGCGGGAGGGAUGGACUGAGAAAAGGACAUCUUUUCAGGACCCCCCUCAUGUCACUGCCAAUAAGGAGAAUGAGCUGGAGGGGGGAAGGCGAGAGCAGCAGCCCCCACCAGCACCAAGAGCAUUCAGCCCAGCCACAGUGGGCUCACAAACCCCUGUCCCCCAGGCUAGCUCCAGCAAAACCCCCUGCAAGACCAGCCCACUGACCAAGCAGGCGGCCGAAAUGCUCCACGACAUCCAGGGUUUAAACCCUCCCGCCGCCUCUCCUAAGAGGCCAGGCAUGGGCUGUCCGGAGCUGCCUCUUCCUCUGACCCCUGGCCGUCUCCAGGAGUCUCUAGACUGCCCCAGGAUCCCUGCACGCCAGAGGCUGCGCAGAGACGGAACCCCCAGGCACCUGGUCCCUCCCGCCACCCCGGACCUUCCCUCCUGCAGCCCAGCCAGCGAGGCAGGGAGUGAAAACAGCAUCAACAUGGCGGCCCACACACUGAUUAUCCUAUCCCGAGCUGCCAUCGCCAGGUCGGGCACCCCACUGAAAGACAGCUUGCGCCAGGAGGGGGCUGGAGCAGUGACCCCUGUAGCCUUCAAGAGCAAGAAGCGCAAGCAGCCUGAGCCCCUGGCCAGCCCGCCAGCAAAGAAAGAUUUAUCAGGUUCAUCUGGCAGUAAGAAGAAAGCAAAGGUGAGCAUAUCAUACAGCAUUUUCUAUUCAAUCUGUGUAUCCUAAUCUCUCCUGAGGUUCAUAAUUGAAUGUGAUCACAUCAACCCAAUCGUAGAUAUUUGGCAUAAUGUCCUGCAUUAAAUGUGCACUCAGUUUCCUUUUUGCUUGUAUAAUGAGAAAGCACAUUAAAACCACUGCAUCUCUUUAUUAUUUGUUACCCCUCAGAAUCAGCAGAAACUAAUGGAUUCCUUCCCUGAUGACUUGGAUGUGGAUAAGUUCCUGUCUUCACUGCAUUAUGAUGAGUGAUGGGUUGAGUUAUAGCAGUUGGACAAUGAGAUGGGAAUCUCCCAAACACUAUCUACCUACUCUCCAGGAAUAGAACAAGCCAUCAUUUACUGUCAGAGUGACUAUGGUUAACCCAUCAUGCCUUUUAGGAGUUAGGCACCUGUGGACUAGUGGAGCAUGACCUCAGAUCUUAUUUUUUAUAUGUACUGUCUAUGCUUGUAGGGCGUGUCCUACAUCUUAACAACUAAUUAUACAUGUGAUGUAUGUACUGUAUAGAAAUGAUUGCAGAAAUGCUAGAUUGAGAACACUUUGGUUCCAUGCAAGGACUGUAAUGUUAAGAAUGGUUUCCCAAUCUUGUUGUAUUAAUAAUUUCAAGAAUUCAACCCUUUCGUUGGUCAAUGUUUGACUGUGUCUAAACUUCAAAUGAUCCACACUACACACCAUGGCUGCGUUUAGACAGGCAGCACAAUUCUGAUCUUUAUUUCACUAAUUGGUAUUUUGACC